AAAGGUUUAGGUUUUGGUAUACAACGAGUUCGUGGAACUACAUAUUGUGGCUUAGGCAAUUGAACAACUAUUGCCUCUUCCACACGUUCGGUAGGAAGACUCCAUACAGCAUUAAUAAGAAGUUGAACAUUAUCUUUUGUUAACUGUUGUAGAUAAGUAUUUGAAUUCGAACUAUAACAUUUAUGUACAAAUAAAAUAUAGGUUAAUAUAGUAUAAAUUUCCUAAAUCUUACAUUCUUGUAUUUAAAGAUUAAAUAUUUUAUAAAAGAUAUAUUUAUAAAUGCUAAAGAACUAGUGUACAUACAUAUAAAUUAAAUUAGGAUUAUAGAUUUAUUUUAUAAACUUAAUUACCUUAAUUUUUUUGAAUCUAAAGCAUUAGUAUCAGAUAUAAGGAGUGAACCUAGAUCGAUUUCAGGCUCAACAUCUUUAUGAAUCGUCGUAUAUUUUUUAGAUUCUGAUACCGCAUCUUCAUUUUCUAAUAUUGAAUUAACAACAUCCAUGAUAAUAAAUAAAUUUUCACUCUUAUUCAAGUAUUGAUUGUUACAACUUUCAACGCACGAACAUGAAUGAUUUCCUUACCAACUUACUAACGUUCACUAUACCGUACUCAUUGAAUCUGCAUUACCGACUAGUAUAAAAAAUAAGUGAAUACUACUAAAUUCUAGAUAUUUUUUAUUUUCAAUUAAUAAAUACACGGGCUAUGCUUUUUAUAAACAUCACAUAUCGCACUGAUUAUUUUCAUUAAUAAUAUAUUCUUCGUGUUUAUAUUCUAAUACUUUCAUUAUGUAACUGAAAUUUCAUGAUUUACGUUCUUCACUCAAACUAGAUGAAGGUUAUGUAUGCGGCGUACUUCAUAAGUAAUGUGGUCUUAAUGUAGACUUUAAAUGUUGAAAUAUUUGUUAAAUUCUUUGAAAAUGCAUUUUUCAAUAGUAGAAAAAAAAUAAUGUACAUGUUUAGCGUACGUUAUUACAUAUCUAUAUAUAUCCCGUCAUACAGAAAAAAGACAUCUUCUUUAUCAAGAAAAGAAGCAAUAAAAAUAGAUUUCGUGCAAAGUGAGAUGAUAACAAUGGGAAUGCCAGAUUCAUAUUGUGUAAUUUGUAAUAUAAAUAUUGAUGUGUCUUCCUGUGUAAAUAUUUUUUAUACGUCUCUUCCUCACAAUGGUGAAUUAUUAGCAAGCUUUGCGUUACGUGAACUCAGACCAACAACUUCUAAUUUACAUAGCUCCUAUAUCUGUCCUCGCUGUUAUAAAUUAUUUCAAAUGUUAGAACAAGCGCAAUGGACUGUUACAAAUAUUCGUUGUGAGAUUUUAAAAGUUUAUCAGUCUGGUGAGAAGAAAAAAUUUGUUAGACGCAUGUUAACAAAUAGUACUGAUUAUCUUUUACACAAUACUCAAAUUUUGGAUGGUAUUCAAACAACUAAACGAGAUAUAGAUCAGACAAUAAAUGGUUUGAAAAAUAUUGCAGAUAUAACUUCUACUUCAUUCAUGCAAGAUGUUUCACUUGAACAAAUUUCACAGACAUUUAAUGGAAAUAUGACCACUAAUAACAUUAAAGAUAUUGAACUGAUAGAUACAAAAGAUAUUUUUAAAGAAGAAACAGAAAUUGAUAGCAAAGAUUUGGAUAAUACACAUUCAAAUAUUAAAACCAAUAACAAUUGUAAUGUGGAAUAUAAAAAUAAUAACAAUGUAAAUAAAAAUAUAAAGACUGAAAUACAUAAUAAAACUAUAGAUUUAAAUGUAAAAAUCUUAGAAAAUGAUUUUCAUAAGUCUAUUUUAACUAAUGAUUGUAUAGAGGAAAGCAAUAUCACAGAACAAGAAAUAUCUUAUAAUCAAUGUAAAUUCUGUACCGAAUCAUUUAAGACAAAUGAUGAAUUAAAUGUACAUUUAUUGAAACAUAAUGAUAUACAAUUAUAUCAGUGUUCUAAAUGUAAGGAAGUAUUUACUGAUAUUUCACUUGCAAAUACACAUGCUUCAAAAGCACAUGUUGAAGAUCUAGAUUGUGUUAACAUUUUACCAGUCUCAUAUAAAAAUGAAAUAGGACACUUCCUCAAUGAUGUCUCCCUUUUUCCACAAAAUAAUGUAGAGACAUUAAAAUCAAAUACUUUUGAACAUACAGAGAUCGAUAAUAAUAGAUCAGAAAUAAAAGAUAAUUCACCAUGUAUUGCAGAAAAUAAAUUUGCUGAAAGUAAUGAAAUUAAUUCCAUGGAUGAGAAAACCAAAAUCAAUUUAAAUUCUGCCUCUUGGAAAUCGGGAAGAAUAUCAAAAUAUAGUUUAAAACCAUUAAAAUAUACAUGUCCUACGUGUAAUAAAAAGUGGAGAACAUCUGCAGAAUUAAAGACGCAUAUUAAAUCUCAUUCAAAUAUAAGACCAUAUAUGUGUGAAAAAUGUGGUCAAGCUUACAAACACAAACAUGCUUUAGAAAUACAUAUUGGUAUGCACAAUGGAAUAAAUCCAUUUCAAUGUAGCUUUUGUAAAAAAUGUUUUACUCAAAAAGGCGCAUUAAUGAGACAUUUACCAAUGCAUACCGGGGAAACACCAUAUCAAUGUGAAUUAUGUGGUAAAAGAUUUGUACAUCAUACAUCAUACAACAUGCAUGCUUUAUCCCAUACUGGAAAAAAAUCUUAUCAAUGUCAUGUAUGCGAUUUAUCACUGCUUUCUACAUCACAUUUAAAAAGACACAUGAGAGUACACACAGGUGAAAAACCAUAUAGUUGCAUGUUAUGUGGAAAACGUUUUGCAGAGCGAUAUAAUUUACUAGCUCAUCAAAAAAUACAUAAUACAUCAGAGGCAUCAGCAAAAGAUAUUGAAAAAUUACAAAACAUGUGCAAUCAGUGUAACUCAUUAUAUCAGAAAGGGCACAUAUGUAAUGAGCAUACAAAACAACAAUGCAAUUCAAAUAACAAUAUUACAACCACAGAAAAAGUAAGUAAUUAUAAUUGUAGUCUACAAUCCCUUGAACAAUCAAAACUUUAUAAAUUACAUAAUAAAAAUCAACAGCAGAAUUUAAAGAAUAUUAAUUCUGAUAAUAGUAAAACUUGGGUAGAAAUAAAUCAAUCAAAAUUAAAUUCCACUAAUAAUGAAACAGAAUUCUUAUUAUUACAAGAUUCUUCAUCACAAGGUGACACAACUCCUGUAACUAUUACAUUUAAUGAUCAUAAAAUGUCUGUAGGAAAUAAAAAUUAUAAUACAAGUUUAAAAAUCAUAAUAGAAUCUUCUAAUGUCUCCAUUCCAAUUAAUAAUCAAGUUAUAAUAGAUGACACGCAUAUAUAAUUCAUGAUUAUAUUCAUGGCAAUAAUGUUGAGAUUUGAAUUUUACGUUUUUAUAGAUACUAAAACUUUUUAAAUUGAAAAUAGAACUAUCGUACAAAAAUACAAUAUGAGACAUAUAGAAAUUGUUGUAUAUUUUGAAAAUAUAUAUAAUUUUAUAAAAAGAAAAGUUUUAUAAUUUUAUAAAAUUCUGUAAUGAUAAAAACAUAAAAAUAUACAACCCUAUAGGGUAUAUUUUACAAAUUUUGUCAUCUUGCAUUUUUACUACACUUUAAAGAAAAGAAAAUGAAGAUAAUAUAUUUAGAUAUAUAAAAUAUUUAAUAAAAAAGAAUAAUGAAGAUAAACAGCUCAUUGUCCAAAAACAUAUAUACAUGUUUAAAUUAUAUAUUUUUAAUUUGUACAAUUGUAUAUUAUUAAAAAAAAACACAUAUAUCUCUUAUUUUAUAAGAAUA